AUGUCCAGCAGAUACAGCCCGUUGGAAAGAUUACCGGCGCAUUUGCGGAACUUUCUGAUCAAACGGAGCGAGCAGGCACAGCUGCCAGCGUUCCGUCGUCAGACCGACCGGUUUGUUCCCGAAGAAAAACGGUUUUCCAAGCCCGAGCAAUGGAAGGUGCUUGAAGGAGACAGAGUGAUGUUUAUCAAGGGCGUCAACAAGGGGAAAAUCGCUCGUGUUUUGGGCCUCCAAUCGUUCUCCAACCACAUUUUCACAGAUAUCUCGGAAACAAAACCGAUGGUUGUUCCAAAACAGCUCUGGCAAGAAAAUCAAGAUACUUACUUGAUAGAUUACCCAAAAACGGUUCCUGUUGAAGACGUUAGAGUUGUUGCCACAGUUGCCCGCGAGGAUGGUACAGAGUACGACAUUGCUGCUGAGGACGUUGUUUUCAAGGGAAAAUAUUUUGACGAAGACUACAAAAAAAUGAUGCCAAUCAGAAGAGUCAAAUACCACGAACAUAUCAUCAUUCCAUGGCCAAGAGUGGAUCCUGUUGACGACUGUGCCUUCAGCACUCCGCCAGACGUUGUUGAGGAACGGACCCAUGUGGAAAACUCGAUUUUAACGUAUGACCAACCAUCCGACUUCUCCAUCGAGUCUCUGAGAGACCCAACGAUGAAGAGAGCAUACAAGUGGAACAAGCAGGUUUUAAAGAAGGGAGAUAUCACCAAAUUGACUCCUCCUUCAGAGAUCUUCAGCGAAACAAAGAAGGCCAUGUUUGAAGAAAGAAAACAGAUCAGAGAGGCCCAAAUCAAGGAAAUUUCUCCUGAAGUUUUGGAGUUCAUUGGUUCCAGAGUUGCCGAGCAUCUCAACAACGUGACCGAUCCUCGCUUCAAACAGUAUGUUGACAAAGUUUCUGGAGAAUCAAGAGCCCGCAAAUUGGAAGCAAAACAACAAGAAAAACAGUUCCAAGACUUGAAGAUUAAAGAAGCAGAACAACGCAAUAAGCAAAAGAAAACGCCUAAACAUUAA